AUGCACCAGUUAAGUGGGAUCCUCUCUGGAAAGUCCGACCUCAAGCCAGAUCAACAUUAUGGCGAUUCAAUACCAACAGAAGUAGAAUCAACAGCAGCGUCAGAAGAACCACGUUCAGUAACAGCAGAAGUAACUCCUCCAGCAUUAGAACGAGCUCCUACAGCAGUAACACCAUCUCCCUCACCAGCAGUAACAGCACAAACUACUUCACCAGAAAUAGCAGAAGAAACACCAUCGGCAACAGCAGAAGCAACUCCUCCAGCAGUGGAACUAGUUCCUAUAGCAGCACCACCAUCUCCCACACCAGCAGUAGUAGAACCAACUCCUUUACCAGUAAUAGCAGAAACAACUCCUCCACCAGCAGCACCUAAACCAACUUCACCAACAGCAGAAACAGUACAAGCUCCUCCUCCAUCACCUUCAAGAGUAGCAGAAAAGAAUAGACCAGUCACAGUAAGUAAAGUAUCAUCUUUGUCUCAUGAUGAAGUGAUACCAAAUGAUUUGGGAAAACAUGUUCCUAUAAAACUUGUGGACAAAAACUACAAGAUCAACUGUGAUAGGUAA